AUGGUUGGAUUCAAGUUGUCUAAGGCCACCCUUGCUCUCUUGGCAAUCGCCAACGUCAUCGUUCGUAAGCUUUGGGGUGGUGAAGUCUCCGAGGAUAUUGCUGAAGAAGUGGAUUUGCAUGCUGCUAAUCAGCGUUUCCACGGUUUGCUUGACCGGAUUCCAGAGGAGCUAGCCAAAGAAGUCGCCAAGUACGACGAGUAUGAGAACGUUCCCAAAAGUAUCUCUAAGAAGGUUGAUGCUUAUUUCAGAAAGGUGCGUUUUGCCGGGUUUGUAAGCCGCCUUCCUGAAGAACUGGCCGAAGAGGUUGGCCAGUACCCAUCGUACAGUAAGGUCCCUAGGGAGCUUAAGCAAAAAAUAGCUGCUUAUUAUGAGCAGAAGUAUAUCAAAGAUCUUGCCAAACGUCUCCCAGAGGAUCUCGCACAAGAGCUUGGCAAAUACUCAUCUUAUGACGAAAUCCCUGCUGAAGUCAACGAAAGGAUUGAUGCUCAUUUCGGAAGGUCUACCGAAAAAGCUACCAGUGCUUCCACUGAUGAAGGUGAACAGGAGAAACCCGUUGACGAUGGAUCUGCUCCUAGAGUUAAAACCCUCUUCGGUAUAUUGGAAGAGCCAGUGAAAAAACCCGGAAAGUUUAAACAGUGGUUUUUGGGAAAACGUAAUUUGAGAUGGCAAACUGGCUAUAUCACAGAGAUGUCACGGGAGGACGAGGAUGAUGAAUAUGAUAAGGACUAUUAUGAUGAAGAACCAAUAUCAACCUUUGCAGCCAGAGUGUUGGGCAGUACCGAAAAACACACUGAUCCGCAGGAAGAAUCUGCUCCAGCACCAGGCCAGGUGACGGACGAGAGCGAAAUUACAGUACCCCAAACACCUGAAGUAGCUACCAUAGUAUCGCCCGCUACACAUUGCCUUUGGGUGCUCUUGUCUAAAUUGUUGGACUCCGAUAUGCAUUCUCUGUAUAACACUGUCCCGAAUAAAAACGGUACUUUUUACGAAAUGGCAGGAUUCAAGCUUUCUAGAUUCUUGAUUGCCUUCUUGGCUUUCGUCCAGAUCGUCGCUGGUAAUGGCGUAGAGGCCGAAGUUGAUAUUGCCCCUGAAGAUCCGAAGCCCGUUUUUCUCAGGGUUGCACCUGGUUCAUGCCCCUUCAAUGGCGGCAGUGAGCCAUCAGGUGAAGUAGAAGGUGGAAAGGUUGAGGUACCUGCAACUGAAGCUGUAGCCCCAAUUGUAUCUUUUGAAACAGCAGAUGGCUUGGUAUUUAAUGAGCGUGCCUCCGAUCGUAUUAAGCAAUUCAUCGCCAUGCUUCCAUCUAACAUGUCUAACCGUUUCGACCCGGAAGCCAAGCAUAUGCUGCCUGCAGACCUUGCUAAGCAGCUUGCCGAACGCAAUGAUUACAAGCUGACCAGGGAACAGGCAGAAGGUGUUGCUAGGUACCUCCUCAAGGAGUACACCAAGAUCAUUAUUAAAAAUCCCGCUGGUAUGCCUAUCACCCGCAGACUUCGUCAAUACCUUGGUAUGUAUUUCUACACAACUCUCAUGAGGGCCGCCGAUCCUGAGGAUGUAUCCGGUAACGGUGUAUCACCUGGCUGGAGACGUGACCCACACCUUGGUGCUGCUCAUGCAAAGGAAGAACCAACCAAUGUUGCUUCAUCUGCCGAUGUUGAGGGAGAACGAUUUGCAGAGACACCUGAGGAAGAGGCCGCAAGGAAAAGUUCCAAGGGACUCACUAGGGAUCUCUACGAGGAUAUUCUUGAUCUUUUCCCAGAAAUGUUUGCUCACCAUCUUGCUGUCCUUAUUUCCAGGAGACCAACUAGCUAUCUCCCUGAAUACAUUGUAGAAAAGGUGGUCAAUUUUCUGUUGAUGGAAACCAGGAAAAGAUAUGGUUGGGACCGCGUUUUCGGAAUGCUUGGAAAACUACCUCUCCAUAUGGCCAACCAAAUUUCCAGGCAACUCCCUAUCCCUAGAAAUUACCAUAAGUCAGUUGUGACUGACGAAAAUGGUAUUAAAACGGUUUCAUGGGAACGACAAAUACCUGACGUAAAGCUCCAUGCCCAUGGUGAGAUCGGCAAGGAAUCACCUGCAGCUAAUGAUGACCUGACCAAAAAGCGCCUCCAACAAUUCAUUGACCGUCUUAGCACACAUGUGACCCAAAAGUCAUAUCUUAAACCAUAUGAACAUAUAUUUAAAGGUAGCGAUGGUCUACUUGACCUUGAAGGGCAUGAGAAGGUUCUACGACUGCUACGUAACGCGAAACCCGGUAAAAUUCCUAUCUAUUUGUCCGACUGGCUCAGUGUUUACAUUGGCAGAUUUUUACUGGUGAAACAUUACGGCGAUCGUCCUGACGGAUGGAAGAAUGGAAUCAGAUGGGAUCGCCGUUAUGACAUGAUAAGGGCUUACAUCAAGGAAGCGCUAUCAAGACCCUCGAAGAUUGUCUUGUUAUAA